AAGGCGAACCCAUUGAAGCAAUCGCCAAGUUCGAUUAUGCUGGACGCUCUGCUCGGGAGCUGUCGUUCAAGAAGGGAGCUUCACUGCUUCUGUAUCACAGAGCAUCUGAGGACUGGUGGGAGGGAAGACAUAAUGGGAUUGACGGGCUCGUACCCCAUCAGUACAUUGUGGUGCAGGACACGGAUGAUACCUUUUCUGACACUCUGAGCCAGAAAGCUGACAGUGAAACCAGCAGCGGGCCAACAGCUGAAGACAAGCUGUCCUCCAAGAACGACAUCAGCUCACCAACUGAUCGUGUUCCAGAUGUUUACGCGGCAAGACAGAAGAGGAGACCAGAACCACCAACAACUCGACGCCCAUUGAGACCCAACGACGGGCACUGUGCAGUGCACCCAGUCCAUGGCUUAGUAAGUAGCUCAGGGGACGGUGGCCCUUUGAUCAUGCCUACCCACGCCAGCUCCCGCCUCUUCCACCAGAAUCGCAGCGUACUGCUUGACAGUCCGGAGAGGCGUCGCCGAGGUGCCCUUGGCAGCCUUUCCAACCUAAGCCGCCAGGAGGCUCUCAAAAAGAUCGAGAGUCCGCCAAUCAGAAGGUCUACGUCCUCCGGUCAAUACAACAGCUUCAGUGAGCAUAAACCUCUAGACCCUGAAACAAUCGCCCAGGACAUCGAAGAGACAAUGAACACCGCAUUGAAUGAGUUGCGGGAGCUGGAACGUCAGAGCACGGUGAAGCCUGCUCCCGACGUGGUCCUGGACACCCUGGAGCAGAAGAAGACCGCACCAGUCGCUCUCCCUCCUGGUGACCCGAGAGGCGGGCAUCCCCCUGCCAUCCUGAAGAGCGUCGACCCUGCCAUCCGAAGGAGCACCAGCUCUUCCAGUGACCCCGUGGGCACCUCCAAGCCCGUCCUGUCACCCCGGAUGGGCUUGCAGCUCAAGCCCCCCGCCCUCAGGCCCAAGCCACUGGUACUCCCCAAGACCAACCCCAGUGUGGCACCUCCCCCCACUGUCCAAAGCUCCACAGACAAAUCCUGCACCAUGUAAAUAAGCUGCUGUGACUUGAAAACUCACCCUUUUGGAUCGAUAUGGUUGGCAAAGGACAAGAAGGGGAAUAUUGACAUUUUAAAAGUUGUAUUUGGAGCUGUAUUCUUUCAGUGUUAGAAUAUAUGUCUCAGUAGUAAAUUAACAAGGGGAUUUGAUCUCCUUUUCAAACUGGACUGUAUAUGUGGGACUGACACUAAUGUUAACUCAACUUGAAAACUUAUGCUGCAACUGUUAACUUUUUUUUCAAAGAAAAGAGAAAGUUAGCUUUAAAAAAAGGACUUCCCAUCUUCUCGAAAGACCAUUUAUUUAAACAAAAGCAGGGAACGUGAUAGCAUUUCAUAUUUUUUUUGACCCGGAACUGAUGGGAGGGUGUGGGAGGGGGACUGAACCUCUACUUUGGUCGUACUGCCUGUCGAAGAGCAGCCCACAGACUGUGCUGUGCCUCUCGUUACUCACUCCUUCUGUUCCGUUUAACAUUCCUUCGGCCUCAGCGCCAGGUUUGCGUCACGAAAGCACUGCUUUGCAAAUGAAUGGAAGCGACGGAAAGGGUAACCACGCAUGAAGCUGCUGCCACCUUUCCUCGUUACGCGGUUACGAUGGGAAAUCAAUCCUGCGCCUACAUCCUCGCAUUUGCGAGUACUGCAGCUUUCUCCGUGAAGCGGGAUGUGUUGUUGAUUGAACACUGGGUGUGGUAAGCAAAGCCGAAGGUUUGGAGUUUAGAACAUAAAGGAUUCCAUCUCCCCCGCCAAAACAAUCGAGGGGAAAAGUGAGCAUCCAUCUCAUCUCUCCCUAAUCCUUAAUAAAUUCACGCACACUAAACCCACCACUCCAGUUUUAUAGAGUCAUACAGCACGGAAGCAGACCCUUCGGCCCAACUCGUCCAUGCUGACCAGGUUUCCCAAACUAAACUAGUUCCAUUUGGCUCCUAUCCCUCUAAACCCUUCAUUCUUUUUAAUGAACUACAUGUGAAUACCGUUGCUUUGGGUUGCAUGUUUCCCCAAUGCCCUUGAGCUCCAGUUACCAUUUUUUUUUUGGUGACCAGCCUGUCUGGUUCUUCCCAAGCCCAAUGUCGUUGUUCAUUUCUGGGCAGUUUUGAGACACUCCGCCUACAUGGGUUCCUUUCUGUCAUUGCUGACCUUCUGGAACCUUUAUUCCCCUCCCUUCGCCCCACCCUGUACCCACCCAGCCACUGGCCCCUCACUCCACAACUGCACCCUCUCCACUGUGCCUCGCAUCCAGCUAUGGAGAAAGUUGAGAGGGGAAUUGGUUAAGGUCCAGAAUCACCACUGAAAUGAGUUCUUUGGAACUUUCAUAUUGCUAGGUGGAGUCCAAAGUUCCGAGAUGACCCCCCCAGGUAAUGGAGUUUUCUCUUGAAAAACAGCAAUUUUGUUGGUAAACGUGUGUCAUGACGGCCUUUUACGGACUUCCGCACAGCGAUGACUUUGAAUAAGUAGUUGCACUCGGGCAGCAAUUGGACUGUGAUAGAUUUUGGGGGGUUUUAUAGACCUCGGUCUUUGCAACCCUUCAGUGGUCUCUCAUUAUCAUCCACCAAAGCACUGCCGGUCUCUUCCAAAUAGACCACGGGCUGUGGAAUUGGAACUGAAAAAGGAAGUUGGAUUGUCAAUCAUUAUUGUGUUUUGAAUGGACGCCUUAUCAAUUGUGUUAAAGGGAUGAAAUCAUGCCAGCCAAAUUUCCUUACAAAUUUCCAUGGGAACAGAAGUCGGAAGUGACAGCUAAUGGCAGCUUGUUCAAGAUCAACCAUGUUAUGUGUUGGCCAAAGUCAAAUGAGCCACGUAUCACAAGUUAACCCCUCUCCCUGCCACAAGGCUAACUUUACAGUUUCUCCCAACGUUACAGAGUUUAGUUUCCUACCUUGCUUUUAUUUAUAUAUAAAUGCUCAUGUUUACAUGGUCAUGAAAGAGAUCCUUGGUUUACAUUUCACUGAUAUUUCCUGUUCAUCUUCAAGCCCACUUCUGCUACGCUACUGGAUUUUUCCACGAUGACCUGUUUAGGUUUCCCGAUUACUUCCUGUAGUACAUUGUAAGAAGGUAUUAAUCUUGGUCAGAAGUGAAAGGAGGUGAACUCUUCAAAAUGCCUGAAACCAUGGUAGAAUUGAAAAUAAUGCCUGAUUUUUAAAACAAACAGUGCAGGUAAAAUAAUGCUACUUUUUUUUCCAAAAUUUCAUCUGGGUGACCUAUUUCCUCUCCCUUGUGUAAAAUUUCUGCUUUAGUAAGUUGGAAUAACUCUUUCAGUUGCAUUGCAAGCCCUACAUCUGAUUAUUGGCAAGAUCCCUGCAAACAACAGCAAUCUGGAUUUAAAAGUUGCUCACUAAUCCCGAUCUUUUCCUUCCAUAAACUAGCUUUAAGAUUAAUAAACGUGGUGUUUGUAUAUGUAUGCAUUCAUUAAAACCUGGAAAGGAAUCUCAACAUAAAUGUUUAGGGCAUUAGGUCGUAAUGGGGAGGAUUUGGCCUGUGCAGAGCCUCUGCUGGUUAUAUUGAACUGAAUAGUGUGGUUCUUCCCUCUGUGCCUUGGCUCUUCCGUCUAGAGGGUUGUGUACCUAUUCUGGAAAGGGUACAUCAACCACUGCCAUGGGCCAAACCCUUUAUAUCUGCAACGGCCAGCAAGUCUGUCCAUGUGGUGCAGUGGUAGUGUCUCCACCUCUGAGCCAGAGGUUCACAUCUGAUCUACUCCAGAGGUGCGUCAUAACACGUCUGGACAAAUUGGUUAAAAAUAUCCCAAAAACGCGUACGUCCCAAAUGGUGCUUUUUUUCUCCUCUAUUUGUUAACACGCAGAAGUUAAAACUGGUCGUUUCUUUUUAUUUUAUCCCUUGGGAUUCUGCAAGAUGUGCUUCCUUGUGAUCACCUCCUGUGUCCUCUAUAUAGAUUUCAGAUCAAUGAUCCCUGCGUUGUUGUCUGUCUGAUCUGAGGUCAGUGGUGCGCACUGACAGAGUAGCACAAGUCAAAAACACGGUUUGUUCACCAGGGGAUCUCCUCCACAUUAAAGCCCUUUGACACCAUUUCCAGGAACACACUGACGUCUGUGUUUCCAACCCUGCUGUCGUAUCUGGCAUCACUUCGCUGACUCAAUAGCUUUGUUUGCUCGUUCCCUGUGGUCCUCUUCGACCUGACUUUGAGACUGGAAUACUACUUCGGCAUGACCAAAGGAGUGCCAGUGUUAUACCACCCUGUGGCAUAGUGCACCGGUACAUUAACCCAACAGUGCCACAGUCUAUUGACUCAAACAACUGCCUAACUCUUAGCCCUUUACAAAAACCACCUCAGAGACCAUUGUCAUUGAAAAGCUGCACAUACAUCCAAUCUGUGGUUUAUUGAGCUUGUGAUGCACAUUCAUUUCUGUCUGCCAUGAACCUAAUCUACUAAAUUUAGAUCUUUUCGAAACAUUUUACAGUUUCCACCUCGUGUGGUCUUUUAAAGAAUGUGGUAGUACUUUUAAGGAAUAUGUAGUAUAGAGUUCACUUAAAUUAAUUUAAAAGAAACAAAAUGUACAUCAGCCAAAAUGGAUUCUGCAACUUUGCAUUGCUCCCAGGAUUUGUAUAUUCAAAUAAUAAUUAUACUGGAUUGCAAGAAAUACUUACAGCAGAUCCGAAUUUAGCAAAAGUGUAUAUGGAAAUGAUCAAUUUGACAAGUGUUUUCUGGGUGCAAUCACGGAAAAUAUGUAGUCCAAGGCUAGGCUUCUUUAAACUGCAGUUUAAGUGGAUUUGUAACAGGGAACUGAUAACAGCUACAGACACUGAGUGGUAACUCCAUUGACCACCUACCUGACAAACUCUGGAUCCUUUACUGCCAUUUUAGUCACAGAUAGUUUCCUCACUGUCUGCUGUUACCCCAUUGUGUCAAUGUACAUCUGUGGUAUGUACAUGCAGAAGUGCCUUUAAACUCUUAGAGAAACUUGAGCCUUGUUCUGUACUGUUGCAUUUCCAUUUUCACUCAUUGAACAACCCUAGUUUUAAACAAAAUGCAGUCGUUGACAAUGUACUGUUAAUCAGUUGUGACAAUGCACUUUUGUGUAUAGUACUGUACAUCUGGCAUGUAACAUUACCAAUUUCAGUAUAUCUUCUGGUUUGUUCUAGAUGUAUCUUUCUAAUAAAGAAAAUUGGUCCAUUCUCUGGGA